CGGCUAAAAUCUCAGCCACGCCAACAAGCCCAACCCCGCGGUCGGCGGCUCUCCUCUGCAAGCCAACCGCGAAUUCGCGAGAGGGGAGAGGGAAGGGGGCCAUGGAGUUCCUGCGGGGGCAGAGGACGGAGACCAUGGUGGCCGUCGCGGUCGCCGUGGCCGCCGUGGCCGCCGGCGCCGCCUUCCUCUACCUCCGGAGCAAGAAACGCAGGGGCUGCUUGGAUCCUGAGAACUUCAAGGAGUUUAAACUUGUCGAAAUGAGGCAACUCAGUCAUAAUGUGGCGAAAUUCAAAUUUGCACUUCCAUCACCUACUUCUGUGUUGGGUCUUCCAAUAGGCCAACAUAUAAGCUGCAGAGGCCAGGAUGCUGCUGGUGAGGAAGUAAUCAAGCCUUAUACUCCAACUACCCUGGACUCUGAUCUUGGAUACUUUGAGCUUGUUAUAAAGAUGUAUCCCCAAGGAAGAAUGUCUCAUCAUUUUCGUGAGAUGAAAGUCGGUGACUAUUUGUCAGUGAAGGGGCCCAAGGGCCGUUUCAAGUACCAACCUGGACAAGUGAGAGCAUUUGGAAUGUUAGCUGGAGGAUCAGGCAUUACCCCAAUGUUCCAAGUCACAAGGGCGAUUCUUGAAAACCCAAAUGACAAUACAAAAGUUCACUUAAUCUAUGCUAAUGUCACAUAUGAUGACAUUCUUCUGAAGGAAGAACUGGACAGGAUGGCCAAAAACUACCCUGAUCGUUUCAAGAUCUACUAUGUCUUGAACCAGCCUCCUGAAGUCUGGGAUGGUGGCGUUGGGUUUGUGUCGAAGGAAAUGAUCCAAACUCAUUGUCCAGCACAUGCUGUCGACAUUCAGAUAUUGAGAUGUGGGCCUCCUCCCAUGAACAAAGCCAUGGCUGCACACCUGGACGAACUUGGCUACACCAAAGAAAUGCAGUUCCAGUUCUAAGUCACCUCUACGGAAACAUACAAAAAUAACGGUGAUAGUCAACUUUUCUUUCCCCCACGAACACAUGGUCUGAUCGUGUUGCCAUUUAGCUCGAAUAGACUCUAGUUCAUACUUGAUAAAGCAGCAUAUGUUGAUGAAACUACAAAUGCCUAACUUGAGUUGGGCCGUUGUAUUGUACCGUGCCAUUUGUGUCAAUUUUGUUCCAUUUCAGACAUCCACUGCCCCAUGUCUCCAAUGUUAUCAGUGGUCGCAGUUUCUAA